AUAAAACAGCUUAUAUUUGAAGUAUUGCAUAAAUACACGUGUGUCUAACUCUUAAUGUGCAGAAAGCAACACUUACAUUUCCCGGGAAAUUCUGUCCGCCAAAACAUCGACAAAGAAAUAACCCGCCUUUACAGUCAAGUCAGUGGGGGAUGUGCCACGAAUCUAAUUGGUUACUGGAGAGCCGCUUAACUUUCACAACCAAUGAAAAGCGUUUUCAUCAGCACACGUCAGAGAUCCGGGACUCAGCUGUUCAGUGCUCAGACGGAUUUGGCGCUAGUUUGACGGCGGGAUAGUCUGUGGAACCAGCUGCUUGUUCUUUCAGCGAUUAUCGAAAUAACUCAACAGUUUUGCAGAUCAGACUGAAAAUGCCCAGCACCCGCUCACAGAGUCAGCCCACCCUACAGUUCCCCAGGCGGAAGUCGUCCAGAUUGGGUUCUCGACCUAAAGUCUCCUCUGAGAACACUGUGGAUAUACAGGCAACCCCACUGUCUCCAAUAAAGACAAAUGUGCUGGAUUCACGAAGCAUCCCCCUUUCUCCUAGGAGCUCGGUGUUGAAAAACACCUCUCUGUCUGAACGGCUUCCUUUGAGUCCUCGCAAGCGCACGGGUGAUGAGAAUGGAUGUAACCUCCCGACCUCUAUGCUUGGCUCACCUCCCAAGCAGAGUCGUCCUGCUUUAUGCUCUCCCCGUAAACUUUCCUUCAACGAGAACACGCCGGUCAUCUCCUCCCCUCAACGUCCCGUCCCGUCCUCACCAAAAAUCCCCCUAUCUCCUGUUUCCCGUCCAUCGCCGAAAAGGCCACAAGAGUCUGCUCGUUUCAAUCUACUCCCCCAGACCGAAGGAAAGACCCCUGUUGCUCGGCUCUUCUCUACGAAAAACUCGGGGUAUCAAAGUGUAAAGCAGGCUCUGCACACCGCAGUACCAGAGCGUCUGCUCUCCCGUGAGACGGAGAGAGCCGCCAUUGUGUCUUUUCUGAAGAACCACGUGGUGGAAGCAAAACCUUCAAGUCUUUACAUCUCUGGGGCUCCUGGCACGGGCAAGACGGCCUGUUUGAACUGUGUCCUCCAAGAGCGGAAGACUCUGUUGAAAGGAAUUCAGACGGUGGUCAUCAACUGCAUGAAUCUGCGAAGCUCUCAUGCAAUCUUCCCAUUGCUGGGUGAAAAACUGGGGAUCUCCAAGGGUCACAGUGAAGCUCGGCUAGCGAAAUUUCUUACCGGCCCAGGACCCACUGUCCUUUUGGUUCUUGAUGAGAUGGAUCAGUUGGACAGCAAGUCUCAAGAGGUGCUGUACACUAUCUUCGAAUGGCCUUAUCUGCCCAAAUCUCGCCUCUGUCUUAUCGGGAUUGCAAACGCAUUGGACUUGACCGACCGCAUUCUCCCCAGACUGCAGGCCAAACCUCAUUGCCGGCCCAAACUGCUUAACUUUCCCCCUUACAGUCAUGAGGAGCUCAACGCUAUCGUCCAAGACCGAAUUGCACAGGUGUCAGGCGAAGGUCUUCUGGAUGCAGCAGCUGUUCAGUUCUGUGCAAGGAAAGUCUCAGCAGUGUCCGGAGACGCUCGCAAAGUUCUCGACAUCUGCAGGAGAGCAGUGGAGAUUGUGGAAGCAAGCGACAGGUCUAAAGCAGCAUCCGAAGCUUCAACCAGCCCUAAAGCAGUAUCACGGGUGAGCGUUCCUCAGGUGGCCCAGGUUUUGUCUGAGGUGUACGGCGAUCGAAUGGCGUCCAGGAGCGGAGAGGACGGUGAGAGUUUCCCUCUGCAGCAGAAACUACUGGUGUGCUGCCUGCUUCUAGUUAUCCGUAACGGAAAAAGCAAAGACGUUCAGUUGGGAAAACUGUGUGAAGUGUAUAGUAAGCUGUGUAAACAGAGGCAGGUGGGUGGAGCUGGACAGACGGAGUGUUUGUCUCUCUGCAGUUUGCUGGAGAGCAGAGGAAUCUUCACACUCAAAAAGGCCAAAGAGGCUCGAAUGACUAAAAUCUCUUUGAGGAUUGAAGAGCGAGAUGUGGAGAACGCUCUCAAGGAUCGAACACUCCUGGGCAGCAUUUUGGCCGCUGGUCUGCCAUGAUGCUGCUACAUGUUGUUUUUAUUUAAUUUUAGAACUAGUACAUUGUAAAUAUUUUAACUUGUUCAUGAAAGUCUUGUUUGAGAUGAGAUUAUGUGAUAGUUUGGAAGAUGAUUUGAUCCAAAAGGGAUAUUAAUUUGAUGUUUGUGUCAAACGCUUUUUUUUUUGCGAGCUUAUUUUUAUUGUUUUAAAUGGCACAUGUUCUUUCUGAAUGAAACUGAAGAAAGGGCCUAUUUUUUUUGGCAAUCAACUUUUUAAUGUUGAUUUUAUACAUUUGAGAUGUACAUUUUAAUAAAGUGAAAUGCAAACCAG